AUAUCCGGCGUAAUCGGCCAGGCUUCCGGUCUUUCGGCUUUCGGCUCGGAGGAGGCUACGGUGCAACUUUCUUCGGUCGUCCCGAAUCCGGGUUCAUCCGACACCAGCCGCCUCCACCAUGCCGCCUAAGUUCGACCCCAACGAGAUCAAAGUCGUGUAUCUGAGAUGCACCGGUGGAGAAGUCGGGGCUACAUCUGCCCUGGCCCCCAAGAUCGGCCCCCUGGGUCUGUCUCCAAAAAAGGUUGGUGAUGACAUUGCCAAGGCAACUGGUGAUUGGAAGGGUCUGAGAAUUACAGUGAAACUGACCAUUCAGAACAGACAAGCCCAGAUCGAGGUGGUACCUUCUGCCUCUGCCCUGAUCAUCAAAGCUCUAAAGGAACCUCCAAGAGACAGAAAGAAGCAGAAAAACAUUAAGCACAGUGGAAACAUCACUUUUGAUGAGAUUGUCAACAUUGCCCGGCAGAUGCGGCACCGCUCUUUAGCUAGAGAGCUUUCUGGAACCAUUAAAGAGAUCCUGGGGACUGCUCAGUCUGUGGGAUGCAAUGUUGAUGGCCGCCACCCUCAUGACAUCAUAGAUGACAUCAACAGUGGUGCAGUGGAAUGCCCAGCUAGCUAAGAACUGCAAAGAAAAAUAAAGAUUAUUUGACAACUAA